AUGCAAGACGAACACAGGAGAGCUAUACAAAACAACUUUGCUUCCCUUGUCGAACAGACUGAUUUAGAUCACAUGGUUUCGACUCUGUAUGAAAAAGGAGUAUUUUCGGAACAAAUGAUCGAGCCCUACAAAGACUUAACUAAGGACGCAAGAUCACGCAAACGUUUACUGUAUAGGGAUAUAACAAGGCGAGGUCCUGAUGCAUUUAGGAAUUUAUUGGAUGCUCUCUCAGAUGCUGGUUAUUGGGAUUUAGUUCGGGAUCUUGAUCCCAAUAGCUCUUUACAUACAAGAAGAACCAAAAUAUCAGCACCAAGCACAAGUAUGGCUAAUGAAAAUGACUAUGUUAGUAUAAGUACUGAAAAGAAAAGACCAAACCACGAGUUGAUGUAA